AUGUCGGCCGCUGAGGAGGCCAAGCAGCGAGGCAAUGAGCUGUUCAAAAACGCCAAGUACCGCGAAGCGGUGCAAGUAUACACAGAAGCCCUCGCACAUGAGCCCACAAGCGAUGUUCUUCUGCUGAACCGAUCCGCCGCGUACAUGGCACUCCAUGAAUAUGCCAAAGCAUUGGCCGACAGCGAGCGUGUCGUGCAACUACAAGCGGCAGAACCAAGUGCUAAGGCACUGCUGCGUCUAUCCAAAUGCCAGCUUGGAAGAGGAGAACCAGAGCAGGCUAUGCGAACGCUCACACCUUUGCUCGCCCACACGGCUGGGACUGAUGCCGAGCAAAAGCAAGCACAUGAUGUCGAUCUUCAGGCGCGUGAGCAUGCAGCGACACCUCACGACGAUCGAUGCAUACUGUCGUGA